UGCUGUGAGGCAGCAGUGCUAACCACUGUGCCACCGUGCUGCCCAUCUUGCUUUGAUGACUGCACCGAUCCCACCCCUGGGAUCUUUCUAUUCUCACUGGAGUGUGUUGCAGGGCUCGGUGAGGGGAAGUUUCGCGACCUGAAUGGGUUUUCCUUUCAUUCCAAAGCCCCAGCCUUCUGCUUAUCUUUGCUCAGAUGACGAUGGGUUCCAAACCGGAGAGCUACGUCAAAGAGUUCACCCGCCAUUCCACCGACAUGAUGCUGAACCUGAACGAGAUGAGGAAGCGGGAAAUCCUCACCGACGUUAAGGUCCUGGUGGACGGAGAAGAGUUCAAGGCUCACAAAGCUGUGCUCAUUGCUUGCAGUGGCUUCUUCUACUCGAUAUUUUCAGACCAGACCAAGAGGAAUGUGAGCCUGCUGACCCUGCCGUGCGGGGUCACCGCCAGUGGUUUCCGCCUUCUGCUGGAGUUUAUGUACACCUCCUGCCUGCCCCUGGACGUGCGCUCCGUCACAGAGGUCCUGAUGGCAGCCAGCUACUUACAGAUGGACCACGUGGCUGAGACCUGCCGGAGCUUUGCCUGCUUCAGUGUUCCUCAGCUACACACCUACCUGAAGUCUCUGGACUAUCCACUGGCGUACUCCAGGGGGAGUGAGGACUCUGGUCUCCCCUUCGUCCCAUCCAGGGCCCUCCUCCCCACCCGCACUCCCCACCUGCUGGUGGCGGGAGGCCCAGGCUACCUCUCCGAAUCCGCCUUCCGAUUCCCAGAGAGACGGGUCGCUCCACGUGGGUCGCGGCUGGAUCCUCUGGGAGAGUUUGGAGGUCGGAGAUGUGGCAGCUGGGCCGGGGGUAGGCCCGACUCGCGCUGUGAGACCAGGCCUCCGAGAGGCGGAAAGCAGCCUGAGGAGAGGGCGUUGGCGGGCAGGCCUGAGACCUGCGGCCUAGGCAGCGACAAGCCUCCCAUCCCCUCCCCGGACAGUCCGCUGUGCUCCGACUGCCACCCCGGUUCGCCCACUGGGUCACGGAGCACCAGUCCGGCAGACACCCGCUGUCCUGCCCAGGAGAUACCGGCCCCUGACCCCAAGGCCUGCAAUUGGAAGAAAUAUAAGUUCAUCGUCCUGAACUCCUUGAGUCAGCAGGAGACCAAGGGCUCCUGUUCUCCGGAACCCCUGUAUAGUCGGAGUGGGAACCCCUCUCAGGGAGGCAGCGGUAAUAGCAGCAGCAGCAGCAGUGAUGAGAGCUCUACCAACAUGGAGGAAGAAACCGAGGACAAAGACCUAACAUGCAAAAAACCGGCCAAUCGGUCAUUAUCUCAGUCCCCAGCGUCACGCUCCUCCUCGGCCAGCUCCCUGUGUGAGCUCCACUCCGAACUCUCCCAACCCGGCGAGGAAAUGCCAGAAUACCACUCGGAAUACUCAGACAGCGGCUCGGAGAACAGCCUGUUCUCCUGCAGCACCUGUUACCUGAAGCUGUCGGAUGAGGACUCUCUGCAGCAACACUUCCUACGGGUGCACAGCGAUGAUAAGCCUUACAAGUGUGACAUGUGCCAGGCUGCUUUUCGAUACAAGGGGAACCUGGCUAGUCACAGGACAGUUCAUACAGGGGAGAAGCCAUAUCGCUGUACAGUCUGUGGGGCACAGUUCAAUCGGCCAGCCAAUCUGAAGACACACACUCGCAUCCACUCUGGGGAGAAGCCUUACAAGUGUGAGACGUGUGGAGCGCGGUUUGUGCAGGUGAGUGGCUGGCCUUUGCUCAGGAAUUUCGGGCACCUUCGAUGGUUUAAAGACACAGCAGCUCAUUCUGAAAGGGCUGUCCUUCCCACAGCGUUAGCAUUGUGUGUACACGCGGUCCAUCUCCUUCCCUGCCCUGUGCUCGCUAUCGACUCUUCUCUUUUUUUUCCUCCCUCCCCCACCCUCACUCAUUGAAUAUGGAACUUCAUCCCUGUUUCCCAGCUCGCUGUGGUUUCCCAUAGCCCUCUAAACACUUACACCCCCUCCCUGUCUCUGUAACCCC